AUGCCCAUGGGCAACCCAUGUCACCCUUCAGAGGAGCAACUCGGUCACGACAGCAAACUCCAUGGGACGUCCUUCAACAACGCCUAUACGCAAACCGAGAACAUUUCCCCUGUAGCUGGUGCGGAGAUUACUAUCACUGCUUGCUUGAUUGCCCUAGCCAGCCAACUAAAUGGCGCGCUCCUUUACGUACUUGGAUAG